GUUUUGUUUUCAAGUCCCCACACCACCUUCAUCACCCACACGAGUGCGCCUCUAUUCUUGAGUCCCCUCUUUUCACAUUUUUCUAUAAGAUACCCUUCCUCCUAGCUCACAUUUUGAUGACCUCUUUCUUCUCCAUCUUUGCUCAUUUUAGAUUUCUUGCUCAUUUUAUCUUCCAUCUCUCACUUCCUUCCUCUGCCUGAACAAAACCCUUUAAGCUCUUUCUGGGGUUCUGUGUAGUUUGCUAGUUAGCUAGCAGAAAAACCAACACCCCCUAGCUUGUUUAUUGUUGCCAUUGUGAUCUGGUUGUGUCUGCAAGUAUACCCAGUUUAUAGUUGUUUUUUCUGACCCAUCUUACUUGUUCAUGUUGGUUUUUGGGGGGUUUGGUUUUUCUGGUGUGAGUGCGUGUGUGAACUAAUGGAUCCUCAAGAACAACCCCAGAUGAGGACGGACUCUAGUUAUUGUCAAGAUUUGAACUUUACUCCAUUUCAUCUGUGUCUCUCAAACACCACCUUUGGAGUUGUGACUAACUCUGAAAUGGGUUAUGGUGUUCAUGACAGAAAGAGAAAGAGCACCAUGCCUCUUAGUCUUGCUGGAAACGGAUUUGAUCAUGAUGACAAAGCUAAGGUUUUUGUUAGAGGCCAUUGGAGGCCAGCUGAAGACUCGAAGCUAGUGGAACUUGUGGCCCAGUUUGGUCCUCAAAGCUGGAACUUGAUUGCUGAGCAGUUUGAUGGCAGAUCAGGGAAAAGCUGCAGACUGAGAUGGUUUAACCAGCUUGAUCCAAGGAUCAACAGAAGGGCUUUCAGUGAGGAAGAAGAAGAGAAGCUUUUAUCUGCUCAUAAGGUUUAUGGCAACAAAUGGGCCAUGAUUGCGAGGCUCUUCCCUGGAAGGACUGAUAAUGCUGUCAAGAACCAUUGGCAUGUCGUCAUGGCUAGAAAGCACAGAGAUCAAUUUUCCAGUGAUCAUAAGAGAAGAAGACCCUACAAUAAUUCCCCUCAAGCUACUAGUAAUCCUCAUCGUGAUUAUGAUCGAGAAGAUGGAACUAAGAAUAAUGCCUCAAGUGAUCGUUCAACGAUCUCAAUCAACACCAGUAGUGAAGAAUCUGGCUCUGCAGCCUCUGCCUCAAUAUGUACUACUAAUCUUUCUCUCACUCCCUCAAACAGACCACUGCUUCCCAUCUCUUUCAGUAUCAUGAAUCCAAAUCAGCAACGCAAAACCUUUAGAUCCCAACUGGACUACGGCAGGAUCAAGGGCAAUGGGACUGGUCAGUCAUCAGAUUCAAACUCAGAAAUCUCUGGAGAUGAAUCUCUUCUCACCACCUAUAGGAGCAACAACAAUAAUGUUUCUUCCAUCAACUCCAUGUCUGGAGAAGAUCAAGAUGACAAGAUGAGUGUGAUGCCAUUCAUCGAUUUUCUUGGAGUAGGCCCUACCUAAAACAAAGGAAUCUGGAAAAAUGUGCAGGAAAGAGCUCAAAUGAAUUAAAACACCACCAGUCCACCAUGGUUUUUGUGUGAUGCAGAAAAACUGGGGUGCCAUCUCUACAGUCUUGGAAGCACAGUGAGUUCCAUUGUAAGGCAAGAGAGAAGAAAUCUAGUAGUAUAUUAGAGCUAGCUAUGCUACUUGGUUGAAAAUGAAUAGGAGAAAUCUAGAAAGAACUGUAUGAGUGAGAAGUAGUCAUGAGGUAGAAAAUAAUUCUGGAAACGGUUUUUGGAAUUUUGCAAUUCAACAGUCAGUGAUGAGGUGCUUCUCAUAAAGACAUAAACCAGAACAAUUUGCCAAGCAAACGGUUUCUUGACCUGUCAAAUUGUCAAUGUCAUUGGCUUGUCAUCUGUGUUGGUUCCUA